UUAUGCGAAGAAUAAACCCUAAAGUUAUUAGUUUUCUUUGUAGUUUAUCAUAGAAAUAGAUUAGACAUCUAUCAACUGGUAUCAGAGCCCGAUCGAUCCGCGAUUCGAUUACGAUGGUCGAUACUAGAACAACCAACAACGCCGGUGAGAAGCAAGAUUCAAAUGAAGACAGUCGGAGACUGCUGCAGCUAGAGGAACAACAGGCGGCAAACACCUCCAAGCUUGAGAGCCUUGAUGGCCGAUUGAUCUUCUUAAGCGAUGAAUUGACGAAGCUCGCUGCCGGGCAAGCCUCGGUGAACCAGCUGACAAACGAGGCCGGAGAGAUCAAGGCGAUGCUUCAACGCAUGACCCAACCUAUGGAAAUGGUGACAGAGAUCAUGAGCACUCAAAGGAUAGGGAAAGAUGUGGUUGGCGGCCACUCACAGGUCGUCAAUGCAACGCCCGCAGGACAGAAGGAGAAGGUAAAAUCAAGUGUCGUUACCUUACCAAUGGGGAUGACAACACCCGGGAAGCAGAGCAGUGGAGCCGCCAGCGGGUCUGUAUGAAAUCACAACCGCCCAGUACUGGUAGAGGGACUUAGCUUCGGUAGCAUGGGGAAAUCAUCGACUUCAAGGUUCUGUGGUGGAAACAACGGCAAUGGAGGGAUACCAGCUGGUGGCAGCAUCAAUUUGGCCGGCGGCGACACAAUUGCAGGAGAAACUCAAUUGGUGGGAGGAGUUCGUGAAGAAGGGUUUGGGCCCAGUAAUGCAUGGGGAAAUAAUGGUCAUCCCUUGGG